AUAUUGAUUAUCCACCUUUAGGUACAUGUAUUUGAGGUGUCCUCUGGUAUUUAUGUACAAAAUUAAGUGCAUGUUGUUUCUAAAUUUCUUAUUGAUCUCUAAAAUUUAUUUGAAUUAAAGAUUUGCUGAUUAAAUUCUGUCACAUCCCUCAAUUGAACUGGUAUUAGCAUGGGCUGGGGAAAAGGUCUCUGGUGUCUUUUAUGUUUUACCAAAACCUGUUUGUAAAUCCAUUCACCUGGAAAUGUAUGGUUCUUUACUGUAAGUACAUAUUAAACAUUGUACAUUCUGUUGAUAGUUGACAACAUGUUUAUUGAUGAAUAACAUGGCAGACAACUCAGAUAAAUGACAUGGCUACAUCUCAAUGUAAAUUUCCGAGUAGUCCAGCUAUGCCUAUGGGAUUGACAGCAGCGGUGGCGCUUAUAAUUGCUCAGACUCUAAUCAAUAUUACAACUGGAUGUCUGUGUUGCCACAGUGAACAAUUUCGGUUUAACUCUAGACUGAUAGCGGCUGUAUUUUGUUCUUCAAUGUCGUGGUUCACAUUUUCAGCCGCUUUCCUUUUGUUUCUAAUUGGCGCAGCACUCAAUUAUAAACAUGGUGAAGAGUCCUUAUACUAUGGAGACUAUUCUUGCUAUGUUGUAAAGAGAGGAGUAUUCGCGAUAGCUGCCGUAUUGUCCCUUGUAACUGUUGCUCUUGGAAUCCUUUCAUAUAUAAAGGCGGAAAGAGCAAAGAACAUGUUUGAUAGUUGGACUCCACCUGCUGCCCCUGGACAACCUGGCAUUUCCAUGGGACAAGUCCAGCUUCCUCAACAAUCUGGCACUGCCAUGGGACAAGCUCAGAUUCCUCAACAGAGGUCACAGAGUGCGGUAGAUGUUUAUGAGAACACCUAUUCGAGGGAACAAAUAGUUUGAUAUCUUUUUUACUCUAGGGUGAUGCAACCUGUCACUUUUUAUCAGUUCUAGACGAUUCCAAUCGAAUUUGUAAUGAUGCAAAAUUUUAACUUUUCUUAAUGUAAUGAUGCAAAAAGUUUCUCUUCAUAUUCAUUCUACGC